UAUACUCGGCUACCCCGUUCUCUCUCUGAAGUACUUGUGUCUUGCACUUCGUCUGUACCUCGUACUUCAUCUUCGUACACACAGUUACACAUUUACACACAUUUUACAAUAUCAUUUUCUUUCCUGUGUUACGACAGAAGUAAACAAGAGUAUUAUUAUUCAGAAAACAAAGGGGGCUUGAAAAAAUAUAUAAAUAUGAUUAAAUUUCCAACUUUUUUUUUUUUUAACCAAUAAUUUUAUUUAUUUUAUCUCAUCAUAUUCGCUGAAAAAUUUGUAUUUAUAAUGGGGACUUAUUGUAAUUUUUUAAUGAAACUUAUUACUUUUACAUAUUGAAUUAUUGAUAAAAAUUCAAGACUUUUAAAAUUUUAAAAUAUUUUAAUUAAAAGCUAAUUAAACAGUACUACAUAUUUUUUUUUUAGUUUAAAAUUAUUUACAACAUUAAUUAAAUGUAAUAUUUUGUUGCUAAGUUAUAAAAACAAAAAUUCAGUAUAAAAGCUUGUUUACAAAUUUAUUUCAUUACUACUUUUUCUGAAACGUUAAAAAGUAAUUAUUUUAUAAAUUUUGAGUGUUUUUCUUAAAAAGUAAAAUAUGUCAAUCAAUGAUUUUCGUUUGCUGAGUAUUAUCAAGAUGUCAUGUUGGAAAGAAAUCGAAAUCGAUAUAAGCUUGCUGAAGUCGACGCUUGAUUAUAAUGGCUCGUUUUACUUAAAGCAUCCGAGUUUAUUUCCUUCGAGUUACUCAACGCCUGACAAUGAAUCGCUGAAAAUGGAAGAACUACUAGAAGAUUUGAAUAAAAUUCCACCAAUCCCUGUUUUGAUUAAUAAUUUAAAAGCAUCAGAAAGUUGUAUAAUACCUUCCAAAAAUGUAUUCUACGACUUAGUAAAGAUCAGAUUCCAAUCGCCAGAAACAGUUUUAAAACUAAUACCGACUGAAUUGACUAAGUCGUUUUUGAAGUACAAUUUAAAAAAAAACAAUACUACCUCGUUUCCGGAUGCAUAUAAAGCAUUAGACUGUACUAUUUUUAACAUCGGCCAUCAAUUUGAUAUCGUUGACGAUAUUCAAAGUAACAAACGUUUUGUUUUCUUUGGUUGUCCGUUGUACGAAGUAAAUGUACACUUAAUGAAACUUGCGUCUACAAUAAAAAUAUCGUCAAGUAUAGAAAAUGUCUUAGGGAGCACUAAAUCUACGAAAUGUUGGAAAAGGAGCACGUUUGGUGAAGAUGUUAUUUCUAUUUUAACUUACGAGGUUCCAAAUAAAUUAUGUCGUAGGGCUUUCACAGACGUGCCAUUACGAAGAUUGGGCUCUCCAAGGUAUUUAAUGAUUUGGUCAACGAGUGUUUGUGUAAGUGCACUUAAAUAUUCGUGGGAAAUCGACUUAAGAAAAACAUUAUUCAAGGCAGUCGAUUUCGGGGGGAAAAAAUUCGAAAAAGUAAAGAAAUGUUUAGCAGAGAAAACUACACAAACAGAUUAUCAUAGUUUGAAAAUAAACGAGCUGCAAAGUAAUGAUGAAGUAUCGCCACAAGACUUACAACAAAAGAUUAAUUUUUAUUUACUUGAUAUUAUUAAAAGUUCAUGUUCUAAAGAAUUAGAAAUUGAUAUUGUUUUGUUGAAAUCAAUGGUAAUACAUAGUAAUACAAUUUAUAUGAAACAUCCAAAACUGAUUCCCACCAAUUAUCUAUCAGUGGACGGGUUAUGCAAGGUGAAAGAGCUUUUAAAAGAUUUGGAUGAAGUUCCACCAAUAGUAGUUUUGAAGGAAGUUUCUAGAUAUCAUGAAAUACCAUGUAAAAAUGUAUUAAAUGCUUUAGUAAAUACAAGAUUAAAUUAUCCGGAAACGGUUUUAAGAUUUUUAUCGCCAAAAAAAACUAAUGCUUUCUUGGAGUUGAUUAAAAAAAAUUCUGAACAGAAGCCUUGGCCAGCUGAAUUGAGCAUGUUAGAAUGCAAUAUGUUUCAAAUUGGUGAUGAUUUUAAUGUAUGGAAUGACAUAAGAAGUAAUAAAGAAUUCGUUUUUUCCGGUUGCCCUUUAUACAAUGCAAAUCUUCAAAUAUUAAGAUUGAUGCCUAAAAUUAUGAUAUCGUCGAGUUUAAUAAGCAUUUUAAAUAGCACUAUGUUAGUCAAAUGUUGGAAUAUGAGUACGUUUGGUGACAAGGUUUUAGUUACUGUUGCCUACCCAGCUCCGUAUAUGUUACAUAAAACAUUAUCUACAGUUUCAAUAGAAAAUUUAGAUCAACCAAGAUAUUUAAUGAUUUGGUCAUAUAAAAGUGUGUCAGAAACUACAUUGAAAAUAUUGUGGAGCAGUAAAGUAGGAAAAAUAAACACUAAUGCAGUUCGUGAUUGGAAAAAUAAUAUGGAAAAAAAUGACCUGUGCACGUUAAAAAGAGAAGAGAAAAAUGUUAGUGAAUGUAUGACAAAUGAAGUCAAUCCGAAAAUUGACUUAGUUGCAUUGGAAAAGGUUGUAAAAAUGAAUGAUGAAUUUCCCCCACAGGGCAAAUACAUAUCAGAUGCACAAAAAAAUCUUGAUCAACAUUUGUCCAGAGAAGAAAUUCCUAAGAUAAUUAAUAAAUUACCAGUAAAUAUAAUUCAAAAUAAUAAUCAAUUUUUGACAGAAGAUACACAAGUAGAUAGCCGUUGUUAUCUAGGCAGAGUAAUACAAGCUAAUGAAAAUUGUUUGAAAACAGAAGAAGAGAAUGAAGUUAAUGCUUCUAAAAUAAAAAAACCUAAAGGUCGUCGAUACUCAAAAAUUUUGAAGCCCGUUUUAAUUCUUGGCAAUUCAUUAAGAAAAUCUUAUCGAUAUACGGCCAAAAAAUUAUCAAACUGUCGUUCAAAAAUCGGUUUUAUUUUUUGCGAUUGCAUUUAAAUGAAAUAUGUUCAGACUUACGCGUUGUUAACUUUUUUGUUUCAAAAAUUUUGUGUGUUAUCAUUUUAGUUGAAUAUUAUUGAUUGUAAUGAUUGAUAGUUAAUUUUCAAUAAUCCAUUUUUCUGUCAGGUUAUGUUGAGGAAAAGGAAUAAGGCGAGUGGACUGUAUGAAUGAAUUUUCAAAACAUAUAAUAAUUAAAUGUAUUAUACAUGAAUCAUAAAAUCUUAUAUAUACUAAUGUGAAUGACACUUAAUAUUAUGCCACAAUGGCGCUAAUAUAAACAAAUAAUAAAUUAUAAAUAUGAGUAAGCCUUAAAAAGAAGAUUAACAAGCAUUAUACUUAUCGGCUGAUUAUAAUGUUGAAUAUUGAAAGGAUCAAUUGAAGUCGAAUGCAAGUAGUUGACCAACGUAUACAAUAUGCUGUGAACGAUACUGUGAUGUAUCUUAAAAAAUAUAUAUACCUAACAGCGAUAUA